ACAAAGCCCAUUGGUGUUUGCCGGGUGCCUGAGUUUUGUGAAUAGAAAGUAAAUAAGGGCUCGGCUCGGCAGCGCGUCGUCAUUUAAGAGCAAGCGGCAGAGGGAGAGGGUUCCCCGGCGCAGAGCGGGGGGAGACAAUUCCCGGCCGCCCUGCCGCCGCCGCCGCCUCCUCCCACUCUCGCACCGGAGCGGAGCCGCUCCGCUCAGUCUGGCGUUCAGACUGACAAGGGGGAAGAAGAGGAGGACAGCGGCGGUCCCUGUCACUCUGCAGCCGGUAUCCGGCUCUGACAGUACUUUAAGGUACAACUCUCCGGACGUGCAUCCAUUUCAAAAUGGCAUGAAUGCUCUGACAGCCUCAACUGCUGACAGCAAGCUUGAUCCUUUUACAUUUCAUUUCACCAAGAAUGUUUACCCUCACAGAAGUUGCAUCCCUCAAUGAUAUCCAGGCAACUUAUCGAAUCCUGAAGCCAUGGUGGGAUGUGUUCAUGGACUACUUAGCCAUCGUAAUGCUGAUGGUUGCUAUAUUUGCAGGCACCAUGCAGCUAACCAAAGAUCAAGUUGUAUGUCUUCCUGUUUUCUCUCAGUAUGCAGAAGGUGGAAGUCCAGCAACAACAUCUCCGACUUCCAAUGUGGGGAACACCAUCUCUCCGAGUACCUCCUUUCCAUCUACGACACCUGCAGGCUCCACCUCAAGGUCCCCUCUAAACUCCGGCCGGCCAACUAACCUGGAAUACCAGCAAUAUAUCUUCAUCAAUCAGAUGUGCUAUCACGUGGCCUUGCCUUGGUAUUCUAAGUAUUUCCCCUACCUUGCACUGAUUCACACCCUCAUCCUCAUGGUCAGCAGCAACUUCUGGUUCAAGUACCCCAAAACCAGUUCAAAGAUCGAACAUUUUGUUUCUAUAUUAGGAAAAUGCUUCGAGUCUCCUUGGACUACUAAAGCGCUCUCCGAAACAGCGUGCGAGGACUCAGAGGAGAACAAGCAACUCUUUAAGUCCUCGGUUGCAAAGCAUUUGUCAACCGGCAGCGAAGAAGAAAGCCCCAGUUCCAGUACGCCCACGAUAUCAAGAAUUGGACCCAAAUUUUCAACAGAGAAGCCUGUCUUUGAAGUCCCCAGCAUGACUAUUUUGGACAAGAAAGAUGGGGAACAGGCGAAAGCCCUUUUUGAGAAAGUUCGUAAGUUCCGUGCCCAUGUGGAAGACAGUGAUUUGAUAUAUAAACUCUAUGUGGUCCAGACAGUCAUAAAGACAGUGAAAUUAAUGUUUAUUUUGUGCUAUACACUUAAUUUUAUGACUUCUAUAAGCUUUAGCCAUGUCUGUAAACCAGAGAUAGAGCAUUUGACUGGAUAUACACAGUUUCAUUGUACGCACAACAUGGCAUUUAUGCUACGGAAAUUACUAAUUAGUUACGUUACACUAAUAUGUGUUUAUGGACUAGUUUGCCUUUAUACUUUGUUUUGGCUGUUCAGGAGGCCUUUAAAGGAGUAUUCAUUUGAAAAAGUCCGUGAAGAAAGUAGCUUUAGUGAUAUUCCAGAUGUUAAAAAUGACUUUGCCUUUCUACUGCACAUGGUCGAUCAGUACGACCAGCUUUACUCCAAGCGGUUUGGGGUUUUCCUGUCUGAAGUGAGUGAGAACAAGCUGCGCGAGCUCAGUCUGAACCACGAAUGGACAUAUGAGAAACUCAAGCAGCACGUCUCUCGCAACCCUCAGGAGAAACAGGAGCUGCACCUCUUCAUGUUAUCGGGGGUGCCUGACGCUGUGUUUGACAUGACCGAGCUGGAGGUACUGAAGCUGGAGCUGAUCCCUGAAGCCAAGAUUCCUGCCAAGAUUUCCCAGAUGGUCAACCUUCUAGAGCUGCACCUUUACCACUGCCCGGCUAAAGUGGAGCAGACCGCCUUCAGUUUCCUCCGGGACCACCUUAGGUACCUACACAUUAAGUUCACCGACGUGGCAGAGAUUCCCACCUGGGUCUACUUGCUUAGAAACCUACGUGAACUCCACCUGGUUGGUAACCUAAACUCAGAAAACAAUAAAAUGAUAGCUCUGGAGUCACUGAGGGAGCUGAAGCACCUUAAGAUCUUGCACUUGAAGAGUAAUCUAACCAAAGUCCCAUCAAAUGUCACUGACGUUGCUCCCCACCUCACUGCACUGCUGGUUCACAAUGAUGGGACCAAGCUCUUAGUAUUGAACAGCUUGAAGAAGAUGAUCAAUCUCACUGAGCUGGAGCUGCAUAACUGCGAGUUAGAACGCAUUCCUCACGCCAUCUUCAGUCUGUCCAACCUACAGGAACUUGACUUGAAGUCCAACAACAUUCGCAGCAUUGAAGAGGUGAUUAGCUUCCAGCACCUGAAGCGUCUGACCUGCCUGAAGCUGUGGCACAAUAAAAUCAUCACCAUCCCAUCCUCCAUCAGCCUGGUGAAAAACCUGGAGCUGCUUUACCUUUCCCACAACAAACUGGAGUCACUGCCAGCGGCUCUCUUCACGCUGCAGAAGCUCCGAAUGCUAGACAUAAGCCACAACUCCAUCACCAUCAUUCCGGCCGAGAUCGCCUCCCUCCAGAAUUUGCAGCAGUUCGCAAUGACAGGGAACCGAGUGGAAUUCUUGCCAAAGCAGCUUUUUAAGUGUACAAAGUUGAGAGCCUUGAACAUGGGGCAAAACUGUAUCACUUCCAUUUCAGACAAGAUCUGUCAGCUCGUGCAGUUAACUCAGCUGGAGGUGAAGGGAAACUGCCUCGACAGGCUUCCGGCAGAGUUAGUCCACUGUCGUCUUCUGAAGAAAAGCGGGCUGAUUGUCGAGGAUCAUCUCUUUGAUACACUGCCACCUGAAGUCAAGGAUCUCAUCAAUCAAGACUUCAACUCAAACACAACUUUUGGCACAGGAAUAUAAAGUAUUGAGCAAAGCAUAUAUCGCAGCUUUGGAACUGAAUGUUUGCUUGCUUGUUAACUUGAAAACAAAAUGUAUUAAAUAGAACAAGGUACUUAAACAAGGCAACUAGAUAACAAUGAUAGUUUUAUUCCCUGAAAAACCUCUGAAAUCAUUGUAAUCAAUUGUAACCAAUUAAUUAACUGUUGGUCGCUGGUUAUCUUAUACAAGUCUGUCGCCGACUGAAUAUUUCUUCAUGUAACUUUGUUAAAUGAAUUUAAUUUUAAUUUAUUCUCAGCAUUUGGAGGGGCAGUUUCUGUUGAAGAGUAGAUGAAUUGUUCUCUCUGUGCCCUCUCCAAAUGAUGGACCUCUGAUGUAGAGGCAGCCAAUACGGGAUCUCUGCAAGUGCAGUGCCAGUGUAUUUCAGAUUCCUGACGUUUACCUCCCUUCGGGCACCUUGAAUGCUCUUUUAAUAGCACAGUUCUGAUCAGAAGGUUGCUCUGUCAGAUAUUAACCCACAAUUAUGUGUCUGUGCUACCACAAUACCUGUCUUUAUUUUGUACUUAUGGAGGGGGGAGUCCCAGGCUCCAAGCAAUGUGCAUAGACUGUACAGACUCUAACUUCUAGCACCAAUUUCAAAUCUUUCUAAAUAAAAGACUACAAACCUA